CCAGUCAUUGCUGCCUUAGUUCUAACUAUUGAAAUAAGCCUACAUUCAUAUUAUAGAUGGUUUCGCUGAAUUAUAGAUUAUCUUUGUCUUUAAUAUUUUAGUGUCGUGAUUACUUGAAAUGUGACUUCGGUCUGUCUCCGAGUAUUUAUUUAUCCAGAUACAUUUCCAGAACGGCAAAGUGGAGUAGCAUGUCGAGUGACGAAGACAAGCCGCCGGCGCCGCCCGUGCGCCUCACCAGCAACCGCGCCACCGACCGCGUCGACUCCGCCCCCUCCGUCGACAUGAGGCCUCUACCCAAAGAACCGGAUGACGGCGGUGACAGGAAAAAGAAAACAUUGAAGGCAAAAAUUAAGGGAUCUAAAAGCACCGCACACAAUGACAACAAGCCAAACAUUAGUUAUCCAACCAAUUUCGAGCACACGGUCCACGUCGGGUUUGAUGCGGUCACGGGAGAAUUUACGGGAAUGCCAGAAGCAUGGGCGCGGCUGCUCAUGGCGUCGAACAUCAGCAAGCAGGAGCAGAAGAGCAACCCGCAGGCCGUGCUCGACGUGCUCAAGUGGUACGACGCGUCGGCCACGCAGCCGCCGCCCUCCAAGUACAUGACCUCGGCUCAGAUGCACACCACGCACUCAGGGUCAUCGGUAUCACGAGUGUCUUCCAGUAGUCCCUCGUCGUCGACUCCGACGGACACGGAGCACCCCGAGCCUCCGCCUCCGCCACCGUCUCGACCCGAUCGCACAAAGAGUAUAUAUACGAAACCUAUCGAAGAGGAAGAAGCCCCGCCGCCACGGCCCGUGCCGUCGCCGGCGUCACCACCGCACAUCCCGCACGCUACCAUCACUGCGCAUCCGCAGAUACCGAGCAGAGUGGAGGUGAGCCCGGCGCCGGCGCCGACGCCGCUGGACCGCAACAAGAACCCGACGGGCGCGCCGGCGCCGCAGACGCCGCCCGCGCACCAGCCGCACCCGCCGCCCUCUAACGGCGCACAGACCAACACCGAAACCGGAAGAGCGACUGGACAGCAGCAGAGGAAAAAGAAAAUGACUGAUGAGGAGAUUUUAGAGAAGUUAAGAACGAUUGUUAGCGUUGGUGACCCCAAUCGAAAAUAUACAAAAAUGGAAAAAAUUGGCCAAGGGGCAUCUGGUACGGUAUACACGGCAAUCGAAACAUCCACGGGCAUGGAAGUGGCCAUCAAACAGAUGAACCUCAGUCAACAACCUAAGAAAGAGCUCAUCAUCAAUGAGAUCCUGGUCAUGCGGGAGAACAAACACAACAACGUUGUUAAUUAUCUAGACAGUUAUUUGGUUAAUGAGGAGCUAUGGGUAGUGAUGGAGUACCUGGCGGGCGGGUCGCUGACGGACGUGGUGACGGAGACGUGCAUGGACGAGGGCCAGAUCGCGGCCGUGUGCCGCGAGGUGCUGCAGGCGCUGCACUUCCUGCACACCAACCACGUCAUACAUCGAGACAUCAAGUCCGACAACAUUCUACUAGGACUCGACGGACAAGUUAAAUUGACUGACUUCGGUUUUUGUGCGCAAAUAUCCCCUGAACAAAAUAAACGUACGACGAUGGUGGGCACUCCUUACUGGAUGGCCCCCGAAGUUGUGACGAGAAAGCAAUAUGGACCCAAGGUGGACGUAUGGUCGUUAGGUAUUAUGGCUAUAGAAAUGAUCGAAGGAGAACCGCCUUAUCUUAAUGAAAAUCCUCUUCGGGCUCUGUACCUGAUCGCGACCAACGGGAAGCCAGACAUCAAGGACAAGGACAAGCUCAGUCCUGUGUUCCAGGACUUCCUCGACAAGUGCCUCGAGGUGGACGUCGACCGGCGCGCCACCGCGCUUGAUUUGUUAAAGCAUCCGUUUUUGAAGUUGGCCCGGCCUCUGGCGUCGCUAACACCUGUGAUCAUGGCGGCCAAGGAAGCCGCCAAGGGGCAUUAGCGCAGGCCGCCGGCGGCCGUCGCUGCCGCGCCCGCGCUCCCCUAGCGCCCUCAGUGCCUGUUACAUCCGAAACGAACAAGAAACUAACUAGGUACACCACACUUCAGCCACAUUACAAAUAUUACUCCAAUUUACGUUAACCUCGUUUACUUCAUUUACAUGAAUUGACCGUAUUUGUGAUAAACAUUCAGUACUUCCAGACAAUCACUUAGACUGAUAGCUAAAAAAUUACGUUUUCAAUCACCUAGCUAAGACCCGUGUAGUUAAUAGUAGGAUAAUGUAAAGUCCACCUCCGUGAUACUAAAAUGGUUUUUUAUGUUGUAUACAGUCACGUAAUAAUUUUAUGCGACGUAAAAUGUUAUUAGAUGCUGAUUUCGCUUGCAUCACAUUCAUGUGAUGAUCUGACGUUACAAUACAAUGUUUGUGAUGUCAUUGUGUCAAAUAUAUGAUUCUUACCAGGAGUCAACUUGAUGAGCAGUUAAAACCUUUUGAUUUUUUGAGAUAAGCUUUAAAAGAAACGAAAAACUUAUUCUCUUAAGUCGUAUAGGGUAGAGUCUGUUUGGAAAGAGAAGAGUCGUGAAAUGUAUGGGGUCCAAUACAUUCCACGACUCUUCUCUUUCCGAAUAAACUUCCUUUUUAACGCACUUGUAUCGUAAUGUACUAUUUUUUCGCACUCUGUAUGUUUUUUUCCAAAAUCUGUAAACGCCAAUUUUCAUAAAUUAAAAAUCGAAGGAAGGUCUUCUAAGACUAUUUUUGAGAGGCAGCACGGGACCUGGUAGCUGCCUUUACUGACCGCUAUCAAAAUGCAUCCUGUAUACAAAUAUGUAACAGUUGAUGCAUCCGAUUAUUUAUAACAGUGCAUUUGACAUUAGGUACCAUUUUCUCCAUCUAAUUAUUUAUCUUUGUAAAACAUUGUUCUUAUCAAUUACGAAAUCUUAUACACGGUGUAACACGAUGAAACCGAAUGAUUUCUGAGGCCGAAAGAAAGAAGUAAUGUAAUGAUUUGAAUUGUAUGCUCUGGAUAUUUUUAUUCAAAUUUUUUCAAUGUACUUCUUCUUUUUAUAAAACUGGCACUUCCAGUAAAAUAUUUUUGGGGUUCCGUACCAAAAGUUACAAAAGGAGCCCGCCGUUAUGCGCGACUCUGUAAGUCUUUCACACAUCCAAUGAAUUACCUUGAAUGAGUUAUUAAUUGUAACUUUUGAUACCUAGUGUUACCGGAUAAUGUAUAUUCUCCAUAAUGUUAUCACCGCCUUUAAAAAGGUAUUUUGUACUGAAAAACAACAGAAAGAUUUUUUUGUUUUAAUCGGUAAUAACUCGGAAACUCGGCGUAUAACUGAAAAGCUUACUCAAUAUAUUAGUUCCUUACCAUUUCAUCGGGAAUACACUGAUAAAAUCUCAUGUUACACCCUGUGCAAGACGUAAUUUUUGGUUUCCGUAAUGAUAUCUAACUGGAAUUUUUGUUCAUGUCUAGCUGAAUGAGUUAUUAAUUGUAACUUUUGAUGCAGUGUUACCAGAUAAUGUAUAGGUACGCCGUCUUAAAAUUAACACUUGAAUGAAACAAACAACCCGAGCGGAUAUUCCACUUCGUGUCCAAAAAAAAUAUAUAUUAUAAAUAUAUAUAUAUGUAUGUAGUAUCACGGCAGUCAGUAUUUAACUGACUGAUGAACUAAAUACUGGUUGGACCUUGCCCAUUGGUUCAAGACCGUCAGAUAAUGCUUAUUCUUUAUGUUCGCGUCUUGUGAACCGGUAUAUCCGUAAUCGCUAUAGUCGGUUUGUUUGACUACGCUGUCGUCAGUUAUAGUACAAGUUUUGUGAAAGAGCUCGGCAGUUCACUAAGUGGCCGACUAUACUCUUUUUGCAAAAUAUUCAGGCAUUAUGUUAAAGAUGACGAUAGUUAGAGAGCAAUAUUUUAUCUGUGUAGUGGCUGCUGAAAAUAAAGUGAUCAUAUUUUUACAUGAAGAGAUUUAAUUAAGAGUGCAGUCCAGUAAAUAAAGUAUUUAAGGAAUCCUAUGUAACGUAGUGGUGUUAUUUAUUAUUAAUUAGCGACGAUAUCUCUUGUUGACGUGUUUCUUUCAGCUGUGGCGUCAUGUAGAGAUUGAGUCUAGGACCGAUAGAAGUAGAUAGAUCUCUUAGAUAUUUUGACAUUAUCAAUAAAUAAUGUAGCUGCAAAUGAAGACUGGCAGUUUAAAUUUCGAAGAUCUUGUAAAAUGUAAAUUGUAGAAUACAUUAGGUUUGUUACAAUUACUAAUUCAGACUUGGAGGUAACUAUCGAUUACAUACACCAAGGCAAAACAUCAAUAUUAACUUGUUUAUUGGUAGACUGACCUACAACGGAAUCAAAAAUAAAAAUACUUUGUUUAUAAUUUUCCAAUAUUAAUAUAAACAUCUUUCAUGAGAGCAGUGUAAGAGUAUAAUUGAACCUCUAACAAUGAUAUACUUACUAUUGGUGAGCUUUAUAGUCUUGUAAUGGGGAUUAGAAUAAGCUAAUCUUUCUUGUAGCAUCUAUCCAUAUUUGCAAGUGAGGUUUUAGUACGUUUACGUAGUUGCACUCCAAUGCAUGGAGUUAUAAUUAUACAUUGUUGUAUAAUUUGUACCACCUGUUCACGAUGCCCAAAUGAAGCCCCAUACGAUUAGACAUCAAAAUCAUAGAGUGUAACCAAAAUGGUACGAAAGUCGAAGAGAUGGAUAUUUUGAAGUUAUGUAGACUACAAUAUUGCCCUAACUUAUCCAUAUAAUACGAGUACCAAUGUUACGGGUCUGCAAAUAUUUUUUAUUAAUUCGAAAGUUUUUUACAGUUUUAUGGUGAACCGUGCUAACUGCUAAUGUUUUUACUGUUGCAUUUGGUCAAUCAUAUUAAUAACCAUGUUCUGCAAUCGUCACUUUUUUCGGUAGUCUCGAGGUGAUUUAGAAAACUAAAGUGAGCCGAAAAAACAAUACACAGAUGAGGAAACGAGAGGACGGACGGCUCACUUUAUAUCUCGUCAAUAAUAUGAAUGAAGAAUGGAUGAUUUUAAGACCCCGGAUUCUUGUCGCAAUGACGUCACCAUAGGGGUAGUCUGGGGAGUAAAUGGAACGAUGGAACAAAAUUAUUCAUUCAUUAAUAAUAAAUAAUGAUGUCAUAAAAAUGUAUCCAUUUCAUCAGAAAAAAUAUAUAAGUUGCCAAUAAAACAGUUUAUAUCUAAGGUCAAAUUACAUGAAGUUCGUAUUAGGCUGCAUGAUAAAGGUAAUUCUAAUAUACAUAAUUACAUUAUAUAAUCUACUUGGUUCACCAAUGUAAACAGAGACUCUUAUCUUGCCAAGGGGCUGCUCCAAGGGAUGGCCUAACCGUUGGCCCCAUGUAUACAGCGGAUUUAUGGUUAAAAAAUAAAUAAAUACAAAAGGCGGGAAAGUUGUUAGUUGUUGACGGAAAUUUAUACAUUGCUUUCUUGUGUUGCGUAAAAUUAUAUCUUUUAAAAUAAGUUCGAGUGAUGAAAGUAUGAAAAAUAGACAGAACCGCACUUGAUUUGAAAGCAGAAGCAAAAAAGUGACGAAUAACUUGCUCCCUGCGAAGUCAAAAGAAGUAUGGAGUAAAAUUUAUCUGCUCGCAUGUUUGAGAAAAGCACUAUAAUAUAUACCUACCUCUAAAUAGGAAUUUUCUGACUCGGAACUAGUGCUAGGCCGAGGCUUCCUAAUAUUUAUGUAUGACUUUGUUCCACCUUUCCAUUUACUCCCCAAACAACCCUUAGUCGAAACGAAAUUGAGAACCUAAAAAAUACGAAUAGGACGACCUAUAUACGAUACCAAAAAUAGUAUUUUAAACCUCUAUCUAUAAUAAAAUACAGUUCCCUCAGUGGUAAUGAUUUUAAAAUCUUACCAACACUUAAGAAAGAUUGUCUAACACAAAUAGUGCAUGCCAAUGAGCCCAUAUCGGGCUCUCAGUUCGUAAACGCUUUUCGCUCCACGAACAUACUAUAAUUCUCGAGGUUCUCAGUUGCAAAUAGCCUGUGUUAGUCUUUCUAAAAAAGUGUAUGGUUUUGUUUUUUUCCGAAAACUCUCGGAUAUAAAUAUGACCAUAAACAUAACCACACACUUAAAUGAUAUGUACACAAAUCAAACAAGAUUUUCUUAGUUGUUAAGAUUUAAUAAUUUCGGUAUUAGUUUAUUAGCUUCACAUAUUUUUUGAUACAUCGGGUUAAUAAAUAGACAUCGUAACUACUUAUCAGAUUUCGAGAUGAAAUUGUCUCUUUCGUAUUUUUUCUUUCAUGCAACUUUGCAGCUCGUUGUAGUAUUAACACAUGACUCACAUGUAGUACACAGACUUCACGUACCAUCGGCAACACUGUUAAGCUGUACAUUUGUAAUCCUUAUUACAAGAAUAUAAAAUAUCUACCGAUAUGGUUAGUUAAGGGUGUUCCUGUUUGUACGUAGAACUAGAGAAAGGGCUGGGGGCCUAGCCGAGAUGGCAAUCGUUCGAGAAUCCAAAACAAACGAGAAACGAGAGUAAGGCUGGUUUUAGUGUCACGCGGACCGACUCCGAGCGAUCCGCGCCGGACUAAUAUGUAUUAAGUUCAGGGAGCUUUUUAGAGUAAAGCUAGGAACGAAUUAUGGGACGCGUCCACUGCCGCGUUCUAGAUAACGAAUAUACAGUGAAUGGUCAAACUAUCGGACGUAAGCCGUGGACGUGCCCUUGAGCUUACGGACGUCCGGACGUCAUUUGGCGCGCUGGAUGUUUUAAGAGGGCUUUCAUGUGAAAAAUAAUGAAAUCGCAACCGAGCGCUUAAUCAUACCGUGUGUGGUAUCAUAUUAAAGAGCUUUCCGAGUAGUUUACAAAUAU